UUUCUUUGCCAAAGGCAAACGCAGAACAUUUCAGAGCCAUGAGGAUGCUUCUGCAUUUGAGUUUGCUAGCUCUUGGAGCUGCCCACGUGUGUGCCAACCCCACAGCACGUCCCACAAGUGCAUUGGUGAAAGAGACUUUGGCACUGCUUUCUACUCAUCGAACUCUGCUGAUGGUCAAUGAGACCCUGAGGAUUCCUGUUCCUGCACAUAAAAAUCACCAGCUGUGCACUGAAGAAAUCUUUCAGGGAAUAGGCACAUUGGAGAACCAAACUGUGCAAGGGAGUGGUGUGGAAAAGCUAUUCCAAAACUUGUCUUUAAUAAAGGAACACAUUGACCGCCAAAAAAAAAAGUGUGGACAAGAAAGACGAAGAGUAAAGCAAUUCCUAGACUACCUGCAAGAGUUUCUUGGUGUAAUAAACACCGAGUGGAUAAUAGAAAGUUGAGACUAAACUGGUUUGUUGUAGACAAAGAUUUUGGAGGAGGACAUUUUACUGCAAUGAGAAUGAUGGCCAAUGAAGGAUUAGGCCUUAAUUUUCAGUGUAAUUAAACUUCAGAGGGAAAGUAAACAUUUCAGGCACACUGACACUUUGCCAGAAAGCAUAAAAUAUUUAAAAUAUAUUUUAGAUAUCAGAAUCAUUGAAGUAUGUUCCUCCAGGGAAAAUUGAUAUAUACUUUUUUCUUAUUUAAGUUAACAUUCUGUAAAAUGUCUGUUAAUAUUUAUGAAAUUGUUAAGAAUUUGGUAAAUUAAUAUUUAUUUCAUGUUAUAUUGUGUUCCAAUAAAACAAAAAUAGAUAACUGUUC